AUGGAGAGCCGGGUGGUGUCUCCGGGUCCCUACCGCGCCACCAAGUUGUGGAAUGAAGUUACUAAGUAUUUUCGGGCCGAAAUGCCACGACGGAAACACAGGCAACACUUCAAAAAAUAUGGGAAUUGUUUUACUGCAGCAGAAGCAAUUGACUGGCUUCAUCAAUUACUCAGGAAUAACAGAAAUUUUGGUCCAGAAGUUACUAGGCUGCAAACUAUUCAACUGUUAAGGAAAUUUCUCAAAAAUCAUGUGAUUGAAGAUGUAAAAGGAAGAUGGGGCUCAGAAAAUCUGGAUGACAACCAUAAUUUGUACAGAUUUCCUUCAGCUUCUCCAGUUAGAAUACUGCCACGUCGAUGUCCAUUGAGUGAGAACACUGAUAAAAUGCCUAAAGGCACAGAAAGUACAUUUAAACUACGACAUUACUCCAAGAGGACGCCCAAAAAAUAUGAAUUUCAGGAAUGUCAGGAGAACAUAGAAAAUAUGAAAAGUGAAACAAUGGAAGAGGAGAAAAGGUUGGCAUACGGCAGGCAAAUAACCCAAGCAGACACUGAAGAAAUUUGGAGAAACAUUGUUUUGAUACAUUUGCAAACUGUUUUAGGUAUACCAUCAUUAGAAGAGGUCUUGCACCCAGCACAAGUAGUUCCUCGGUUCAUAAUUUACAACAUGACUAAUACAAGUAAACGUGGCAUUGUUCUUCUACAUGACAAAUCAGAAGACCUCCCUCACUGGGUGCUAUCGGCUAUGAAGUGUUUAGCGAACUGGCCUAGAAAUAAUGACAUGAGCCAGCCAACAUACACGGGUUUUGAACGAGAUGUAUUCAAAACAGUUGCUGACUACUUUCUUAGUCUCCCUGAACCUUUGCUUACUUUUCAGUACUAUGAAUUAUUUGUGAACAUCUUAGUUUUGUGUGGCUACAUCACAAUUCCAUAUAGAUCCAGUGGGAAAUCUGGUACCCGGAAUGACUUGGAGCUUUCAAAAACUCCGCAUUUAAACUCUUUCAAAUCAACUGAAUGUCUACUGCUAAGUUUACUCCAGCGUGAGACUGGCAAAAAAGAUGGAUCUGAGACUUCUGAAACAGUUUCUAAAACGUGCACAACUGGAAAAGGACAUGCUAUAAAGUUGCAGCACUAUAACGUGGCUUGUAAAAGGGGCACUAUUCACCAACUAGCAGGUGGCAGCUGUCAAAAUCUUUCAAGACUGAAAAAUGAACAAGCUCUGCCUCUCAAACUUAAGGCAAGAUGUUACUCUUUGGAGGGAAUUGCAGAGACUGCCUCAAGCAAAUGUUGUAAAGAUGGAUUAAAAAUGCAUUCUCGAGCUGAAAUUCACAUGAUGCCAUUCCCAAGUAAUGAAAACCAACUGUUGCAAUCCGAGUAUAAGCCAGACUCUUUGUUGGAUCUCUGUUCAGAUCACGUUAGCCAAAAACAAACCUCUGGCACCAAGAGGGUUUCUGCAUCAAGUGUUCCUGACCGAGAGCUGUCUAGUGCUAACUACAAAUCAAAGCCACUUUGCAGGUCUCAGAGUUUAUAUGGAAAUCACCAUUCCAGUUGGUGUGGCAUCCAUGCUCCAGUUGCGGAAAUCACAGUGAGACCAUAUCCAGUAGUUCCUUUUGGCCAAACCCACCAAAGUACUACCAGGGAGGUUGCUGAAAUAGGGAUUAAGCCUGGGGGUUCUGAUAUGGCCAUCAACAAAAGGCUCUGCAAAAGCACAACACAACUUUCACAAAGCACGUUUUCUCCCACCUCCUUUCUGUUGACUGGCACAUCACAUCUCUUGCAACCUCAUUUAGAAAGAGUUGCCAUUGAAGCACUGCAGAUCUGCUGCCUGUUGCUUCCACCACCAAAUCGCAGAAAACUUCAACUCUUAAUGCGCAUGAUCUCUCGGAUGAGUGAAAAUGUGGAUAUGCCACGCCUUCAUGAUGCAGUAGGCACCAGGUCUUUGAUGAUACAGACAUUUUCACGAUGCGUACUGUGCUGUGAAGAAGAAGUAGACCUCGAUGAGUUGCUUGCCGUAAGAUUAGUUUCCUUUCUAAUGGACCAUCAUCAAGAAAUUCUAGAAGUCCCAACCUAUUUACAGGUUGCAGUGCGAGACCACAUAGAAACAUUAAAAAAUACCCAGAUGGAAUGUCUAGAUGAAGAGCUGAGCACCAUAUUCCCAACUUACUCCUACUGCAAGAGGAUAACAUCUCAGGAAUUUGAUGAACAAAAGAUUUAUACUUCUCAGGCAGCGGUUGCGGAGCUUUUGGAAAACAUUAUUAAGGACAGAAAAUUAUCUCUGAAAGACAAGAAGAAAAAGCUGAAGCAGUUCCAGAAAGAAUAUCCCCAGAUCUAUCGGAACAGAUUUCCGACCACAGAAAGUGAAGCUAUCUUGUUUGAAGACAAGCCCACCAUCAAGCAGCCGAUGCUCAGCUUGCGCAAGCCAAAGUUUCGUACCAUGAGAAAUUAA